GCUACCACCGUUGCUACUGACGGAUGACGCCAUCUUUCUUUUACAGUCCGUGCCUGAGACGGUGAACAACUCCUUAACGGUUGCUCCAUCUAUCCGGAACAGUGGCGGAUUCUCUUCCGUCCACACGCACACACACACACAGGGAACAAAACGAAAUGAUCGAAGAUCAUCUUUGACGAUGGAGAACGAAACGAUCCGUUCCGACUAACUGGACAGACACAAACAUGAAAAAAGAAAAGGAGGGGAGGGGGUUACUACACCCGGAGUCGAACGACAAAACUGGACAUAGACACAGACGACUAGGGGGCCAUCAGCCGAGUUGUUGGACACGGUCACGCCACACCAUUCAGUUCCUCCUUCAUUGCACCCCUCCCGUUUAUAUGGGCCCGCAGAGGUGAAGGGGGUGGUUAAGGUGUGGCGGUCGUUUAACCUUGUCUCCGUCGUCGUGUACCCAACAAACAGCAACACUUGCUGCGGAAUGUUGCCCAUGUCGCCACACCUCCGACAGCACAACACAAGAGGGGGGGGGGGAUAAUUCCGCCGAUUGCCAAGCGGAUUAAUGGACUUUUGUGUUGCUACCCGAUGCCGUACGGAGACGGACGGUGGAGUUUGGGUUGGAUGAGGAAAAAGAAGGUGGAAUGAGACAUUUAGCUGAUCACGUUUUUGUUUUAAGCGCAAAAAUGAAAACAGGUGAAACCAAACGAAUUUGGAUCAAGAAAAAGAGCAAAUACAAUUUUUUGUUGUUGUUGUAGAUUGUCUCCCCGUCGCUCUCCCUAAAACAGACCCGGACAUUGGCGCGUGACGCGCGCUGAAAUAGUCGAAUGCAGACAACGAAUCCAAUUUCAUCGCUUUCAACAGCAGGGACAUCAUCUGGCAAUUUAGGUUUAAAACAGCCUUUACGUCAUCACGCCAGUACAUCAACGCCACCUAACGACGCCAAUGCAUGACGUCAUUGCUGUGAGUCUUGGUUGGGCAAUUUACUAUGGAAAGCAGAAAGACUUGCACAAUUGUUUGACUGGCAACGUCGCACUACGUUUGCGUCUGCUAAGCACAUCGAGUGUUUUUUGACAAUAUAUUCUUGCAACGUCUGCAAGUGUUUUCGUUGUUUCUCGACCGGGGGAUUUAGAAAAUCAAGAGGACGAGGCCAUUCGAAUGAUUAUUCAGGUUGUCCAAGGAAAUCGGCGCUUUUGAAGAAGAAAUAAACAACACGCACAACCCCAAACGCCGCCGCAAUCGUCCACCCGUUCUUUUUCACACACAAAAAAAUCAAUCCACGCGAGUGGUGUUAGCUGGCGGCUGUGCGAAAAAGUCGAAAGGAAAACUGAUCAAUGGCGGCUGUGGCGGCGGCGCUGGGUGGCGAUCGUUACGGUGCGUCUUCAACUUCGUCGUCGGCUAGUUCAUCAUCGUCGUCUUCCUCGUCGUUUUCAUCAUCAUCGGGGGACACGACGGAAGAGAAUUCAUCAUCGUCUUGGAGCUCGUCUUGUUCGUCGUCGACGUGGUCGUCGUCGGCCUCUUCGCACAUUUCGCCGUCCAACAAGAAGAGGAAGAGGGAUGGCGACAAUAAGAAGAAGAAGAAGAAGAAGAAAUCGAAUCGGAAAAACAGAUCGAAAUCGACGGCCGUGAUUGCGAGGAGGAAGAAGAAAACGAAGAGCAGCAAAUCGUUGGUAGGACGUGGAGUUGAUCACGAUGACGACAAUGAGGUGGGCAGUAUGUUGCUGUUAGGAGCCGAGCUCCUUAAAGAAGUGGAGGAAGCUGCAGCCACGUCGGCCGCUGCGAUAGCCACAAGUACAGCAGCAGCUGCUGCUGCUGCCGCCGCCGCCCUGAUGGAUGAAUCGAGGCCGGCCGAGCCGCUGCUUUUACCUAUCGGUCACUACGUCGUUAACGGAGGGCCGCAAAAUCGCACCGUUUUACUGGAACAGGUCAUGUCGUCUGUUCCGGCGGCUCAAUGGCAGGCCAUCCUCCCUCCCGUUCUUAAAGAAAUGAACAGCGCAGAAUUGAAACAGCUCUGCCUGCAACAAUUGCAACUGCUUUCCGAUUCGGCCAUCUUGAACAUCAUCAAUGGUGGCGGAGAUCAAGGACCAGCUGGACAAGCCGUUUGGUCAGAAACAGCCACCGGUGAAACGGAGCGCUGCAAGAAGAAGAAAUCGAAGAAGAGCAAGAAAAAGAAGUCGAGAAAGUCUAAGAAAAGCGAACGAUCGCGGCCGACGCCAGACGAGGGCGAAGAGGAAUCCAGUGGGAAAACUUUGAUGGAGUUGCUGGAAUUGGAGAUGCGAGCGCGAGCCAUUAAAGCCCUGCUGAAGAAAGAAGAGGAGGGCGAAGGAGACGAUGAAUGGCCCGAUGGCGAUCUUGUCGCCUCUUCAUUUGACGUCCCUCUGGCGACGGCCGUCGGAAACGUCGGCCGUCCGAACGAGUCCUCGUUCAGCGACAAGUACAAACACCAACCAUCCAAGGCCAGGCACAGCGGUCAUCAACACAGGUCGUCUGUUGACCCUGUCCCUCCUGCAAAUGCCAGUCAGCAGCCAUUGAUGGCGGCCGGACGGCCUUCUCGACGGCCGGCCAGUCUCCACCAACAGACGGACGGUGCGGAUUUGAAUAGACGCAAUCGACACUCGUCUGCCAAACAAGAUGACGACCAAGGGCUGAAUCAGAUGCGCCAACCCCGACAUUAUCGUCAUCGCCAUCACGAACGAUCUCGUUCUCCGGUCCGCCGAGCUGAGCCAUCUGGCGUCGUUGCCAAGACGGAGGAAACUAAACACUCGGCCAAGUCGUCGUCGCAGCCCCGCCGCCGCUGCUGAGUCGAGCCGCACGAGUUGCCAUCAAAUCGGAGAGGCCAGACAAUGCGAAAGGUGCGCAAGAAAAAUGCGAGGCCACAACUCAGGUAGCGACGGAAGAAGUCGAGUACGAAGAGGAAGGUAUCCAGGAAGUGGACAUUGAAUUAGGAAGUGGAUCGGAUGACGAUGCCAAUUCAGCGCGCCUCUAGUGUUCGGAAUAACGGACGCCAUCAACACAACAAUCACCUCAUGCCCAUUUGAAUUGUUUUCUCUCCCCCCUUUAUUUUACACCUUUAAAAAAGAAAUAAAGAAAUAAAGAAAAGAGAUACGCAAAAAAAAAAAAUGUAAAGAAACGGAAGUAAAA